AUGCAAGGCCUUCCCGCUACCAUCGACGUCGAGAGGUUCGCGGAGGCGCGAGCUUUUGAGAUACGUGCUAUGGAGGACGCGAUGCAGAGCGCACGAGGCGCUAGUACUUAUCGUGCGUGGCAGGAGCUGCCAAGACAUCUUCGCCGCAGGGCAGCCAGUCAUGACGUCCGACGAGUGCCCGCUCGCCUGCGCGAAAAGGCUCGAUCUGAGGUGCGACGCUUGUUCAUGGACCCAGUGCAAAAGAAGAAAGCGAAUCGCGCUCUACCGAAACGAGGAAAAGCGAAUCGUAUUUCCCGAACCGAACAAUUGCUGAAGCGCCAACGGGACAAAACGUGGCUGGAGACGCAUAUAUGGCACGCGAAGCGUAUGCACAUGGAAAACAUGUGGGGUUAUAGACUGGCUGUGACGCCAACAGAAAAAUCGUACAGACCGUCCCAUCGUGCCAGUGUGCACGGAUCGAUUCUGCAUGAUGCUUCUUAUUACUCCUUGAUUGAGAUGAAAGGUCACCAUGAUAUGGUGGCUCUACUGCUUGAGAAGUGUUGCGAUUUCCAGGGACCUAGCCCCGGCGCCAUUCGGUUCACGUCCGGUACAAAGGUCAUGGAGACGCAUUUAUAUCACUACGGCCGUUACCCCCUCGGAUUGAUUGCACCAGCUACCAUAAUCUGGCGGCCGAACACGGCCGAUGCUGGACCGUCCCAUCAGACGCACGAGAAGAAGGCAGGAUCAAGGGGCAAGGCAAAGAGAAAAGGCAAAGAUGUAGAGAUCUUUGCUCCGAACUAUGAACCACAUAGAGAACGAACGGUCUGGAUACGCUGUCAUCCGGCCGCUUUCGAGGAUGUGUUUCGCGCUCUCCAGACCAGCGCAUCUUUCGCGCUGGAGACGGUCAAGGGCGCCACGGAUGAGCAGGGAGAACCCAAAAAGUACGAGGUCGAGAUUCUAGAUUUGCGGGAUGGCGUCAACGUCUUCGAGAUCAUGGGCCCGAAAGCAAGCCAGGUUCUGCACGGUGCGCUCACUCCAUGCCAAACCCAACAGCGACCAGAAUUCAAAAAGUUCUGGUCGUCUUUGGCGAAUCUACAAUCUGCAGGAUCGGUGCCUCGCGGAAUGGUGAUUGGAUGCACAGUGGAGGAUCCGAGACUCGACUUCCCGCCCAAGAACACUAAGAUCGCAUCUCAUGGCAACGGUAAUCCCAGCCUUACUGCUGUUGCGAUGACUCCUUCGACUACCCUUGCUCAAAGUGAUAUCUGGCUGUCCGAUACAAGGAAGAGCCUCAGUCAACCGAAGUUCAAGAAAAAGGAUAUUGACAAGAGAAAGUCGGAGAAUCUUGUUCCCGGAAGCGCCCUUCAUCCGACACCAGACGACAACCGCGUGCCAAUACUGUUGAUUCAACGCUCUGUCGAGAAUGCGUCGCAUGGAUUGGAAGGUUCCAGCUCAGCCCCAUCAUCGUCUGCCGUUCAUGGCUGGUCUCUUAUCGUCCCAGCGGGGUGGGGCAUGCCAUUCCUCUCGUCGCUUGUGUACACAGGCACGCGAGUCGGUGGUCAACGCGAACGUGCAGUACAGGCCUUCGAGGCUGGGAUGGCGUAUUAUCCUCGCGACUACCCGCCUACCAUUGCAUACAACGAGGACGCCGCGAAACACGAGAAAGCCGAAAGGGACCGCUGGGAGCGGACGCCACCUGCAAAGCGAGUAAAUUACGAGCGGCUGGGUACGCGGAGCCCAUGGACUGCGGAUUGGGAGGUUGUACUCGGUCUCACCCCACCACCUCAAUCGCGGGAACGAGAGCAAGGGUUUCUCAGCACUCAGCGUAGCUUAAGGGACGACGACGGAGAGGACGACGAACAGGACGGCGACGAAGAGGGUGACGAAGAGGAAGCUGGCCGGGGAAAGAGCGACGAAGGCGAUAUCAGCGCUGAGGAAGCGAUGGACGUUGCGGAUGCCAACGCAAACGCUGAGGUCAAGGGACCCGACUGCUGGCUUCUCCGUGGGGUUACAACGGAGGAAAUCGUCCGGAAGCUGGGCAAGACCAUAGAUCAGGCGUCGGCUUUGUUGGCGGAGGUGAACCAGCUUCGCAUGAAACGCGGUUUCGGUGACUUGGGUUCCCAAAUAUCUGCACAAGACCUUUUGCGAUCAGCAUUAGUGGGCGUGAAAAUCGUCAUGACAGGCCGAGGAGCGCCGGAGAACCUUGCUCUGAUACACACCAUUUGCGAUAACGAAGCAAGGCAAUGGCUGACGCUCGAAGCGCGUAGGAAGAGCCUCUCGACCGCCGUCCAUGACGAGGACGAGAUACCCGAGGAAAAGGAGAUGGGUGAACUACCUGCACUACAGGAAUCAAUAAUCGGCUACGUUACUGCAGGAAACUUCUCGUUAUCUAGAGGGAAAGGACACGCCGUCGGUUGUGUUGCCUUGACGCGACUUUUAAAGCUGUAUGAGCAAGCCAAGCGCCUGAAAACUGCACAUCUGCUUGUCAAAAUCCGUGACAGAAACAGUGUGACCUGCCGAGGGGCCCACAUUGAAUUACUUGAGCACAAUGGCCGCACAUCCUCAUGAUUUUCAUCUGACAUGCGUGUUGCACCGCGGACACGACAGUCUUACAACUUUGUACUCUACGCGCACUUUCAUUCAGGCAUAAAGGUCAUCUUCAUCACUGAAAUUACUAGUACUGCUCUGGGCAA